AGGUCACAGGCCCCAGCAAUCAACCCACAAGUCCCGAUGGGCCCUGCGGGGGACGCGGCAAGGCCCAGGCGCUUCUUCGGCGUCUACUUGCUCUACUGCCUGAACCCUCGGCACCGGGGUCGCGUCUACGUGGGGUUCACCGUCAACCCUGCUCGUCGGGUCCAGCAGCACAACGGGGGCCGCAAAAAAGGCGGGGCCUGGCGGACCAGCGGACGCGGGCCCUGGGAGAUGGUGCUUAUCGUGCAUGGCUUCCCUUCCGCCGUGGCCGCCCUUCGGUUCGAGUGGGCCUGGCAGCACCCGCACGCCUCGCGCCGCCUGGCGCACGUGGGCCCGCGCGUGCGCAGCGAGGCCGCCUUCCCUUUCCACCUGCGCGUGCUGGCGCACAUGCUGCGCGCGCCGCCCUGGGCGCGCCUCCCGCUCACCGUGCGCUGGCUGCGCGCAGACUUCCGACGUGAGCUGUGCCCGCCGCCGCCACCGCACAUGCCGCUGGCCUUCGGGCCUCCGCCGCCCCGCGCCCCGGCCCCGAGGAGCCGCUCCGGUACCUCAGCUGACGCGGAGUCCGAGCCCGACCAAGGCACCGAGGCCUGCUGCGCCCUGUGCGCGCUCUCCUUCCAGGAUGAAGAGGGCCCCCUGUGCUGCCCCCACCCUGGCUGCCGCCUAAGAGCCCAUGUGAUCUGCCUAGCAGAGGAGUUCCUGCAAGAGGAGCCAGGGCAGCUUCUGCCCCUAGAGGGCCAAUGCCCUGGCUGUAAGAAUUCUCUGCUGUGGGGAGACCUGAUCUGGCUGUGCCGGAUGGGCGCCGAGGAGGAAGAGGAGGACUUGGAAUCAGAAGAGGAACACUGGACAGACAUGCUGGAGACCUGACCUGCAGCGCCCCCAACCCUCCGCCCUCUACUUGUCUGUGCCACCCCUGUGGGUCUGGGCACCUUUUACUUGAGUACAAUAAAGAGUCUGAGUUAAGGGAA